AUGGACCCAGCUCUAGAAUCCUUAUCGCGCGGUUGUGGUCACGCGGAAGUCGAAGUUGGUGCUACAGUAGCUCCCGACCUCAACCUACCGAACAGCCCUGUCAUCUUUGGACCUGACCAGUUUACCAACAACCUCGUCGAAGAAUUCUUCAAGGUUCUCCAUCCAGUCCCAUCGUUUGCUUUCCUCCAUCCAAGGUCGACUAAAGAGCGGCUGCUGGAAGGCUCGCUUGAUGAGGCAUUGGUUUUUGCCAUAUGUGGUAUCACCAUUUUUCAUCGAAAGAUGGAGCCAGCGGCCCAAGCACGAAGUCUAGCAUGGAUCUCGAGGAGCGAGGAACUGGUCCUGCAGCUUCUAGAGAGCCCCAGUAUGGCACGGCUUCAAGCCUUGGUCCUCUGUGUGGCAUACCGCAUCGACACUGGCGCUUCGCACAGAGCCUUCAUGCUUGCUGGUCUUGCUGCUAGAGCCGCUACAGCAAUGAGACUUAAUUACGAGAGGCAUGGCUUGGAUUUUGUCAGCAGCGAGGUACGACGCCGCACUCUGUGGUCGUUGAAAAUCCUAGAGCAGUAUUUCUCGAUUGGCCUACCCGAGUACGAGAUUUUGCCAUUUGAAAACGUCUACCUACAACUUCCGGGUGACGAGGAACACUUCCAGGAUUCGGCGUCAUCAUCGUACACAGAAGGGGGCGCGUAUCGGCUAUUUGUCAGAAUGACAUCGAUACGAAGGGACAUCAUGAAGUUGAAUCGCGCACUCACAAUCUGUGAUGAGCCCUUUCCCCAACUCCCUAAGCUGAUACGCAGCCUGCAUAAUGAGCUUAACCAAUUACAAAGUCAAAUGCAGGCGGGCUCAAAUUUAACGAUGGCAGAUAUGGCGCAGGUUGUCUCGAGCCCUUGGCUGGCCAGACAUCUGGUCAUGCAGCUGUCAUGGCAUCAAUGCCGCUGCGACUUAUACCGCUUACUGCUCCCAGGUUACCCCGAAGCGGCUCCUGCAAUAAUCCUGGCCGGUCUCGACGCAGAAGCCACGAAGGGGGCCGUUCAAAUGUGCUCCGAAAGUUCAACUUCCAUUAUUCAAAAGCUCUCGGAUUUGAAUUCACAUUGCACGCAUUCGCCAAUUUUGGAGUACGAUACAGCAAUUUGCGGCUAUCAUGCCUGUCGCCUCGUCUUAUUUCUCGCUUAUGCCCAGCCAGAAAGCUCUCAAUUAUCCAAAGAGUAUGCUAUCAGCCGAGCAGAAUUGUGUCUGGCUGCGAUUAAGCGGUUUUUCCGCUAUUCGGCGCCUGUCGGUCUUAUCCUGAAAGAUCUGGAACGGUUGAUCUCCACAUGCAGCUCUUCUCCUGGCGACUGGACCCAUCUCAUCUUCAGAUCUCCCUCGACUGAGCAGAGCCGUGACCCGGUGCUCUCUGAAGCGGCAAGGGCGAAACAACGCCUGGCUAUACACAGUUUGUUACGACAAGCAGAAUUCGAGGACGGGGAACCAUCAUCUGGAGCGUCCCCAUAUAGUGCUACCACUGAGCUCCCAUCGAAUCGACAACGCAACAUGUACAGGGUUCUCUCCUUCGAACAAGAUAGAGGCCUUCGAUUAAAUUCACCCCUGGUCUACGUGCCGAACCCUAGUGUGGAGGUCGAGCAAGCAGAUCGACAUGGCUCCCCGUCCCCAUUUUCUUCUCAACCACUCCUGUUCCCUUGA